CUCCUUUCUAUUCAACCACACAUCGAACAAAGCAUCUUCACCAUCAGACCUCGGUCGGGUGCUCUCCGCUUUGAUGUCACGCCCACACGCGCUAUCAGCCUCGCCAUCGUGACGGGCCCUGCCGCGUCGACCUCUGACUUCCCCACCGCCACCCGGGCACUAUGUUCGCCCUCCCCACCUUCCUUGGCGGAUGGGAGCUGCCCACGCUCUCGUCCUACACCAGCCUCUCCUCUACCUUGCAGAAGCGCAUCUUCUCCUUCGUCUUGCGACGGCUACUGGGCAGGUACGUCAAAGAAGGGCAGCUCGACUGGAACCAGAUCGAGGCCGGCAUCACGCGGGGCAGCCUCGAGAUAAGCAAUGUCGAGCUUGAUCCUGCAGCAAUCAACCAGCCUCUGGAUGGUACGCCGCUGCGGGCAAGUGGCUUGGUCGUUGGGAGUAUCAGUAUGCAAUUACCUCUCACCAACUUGCGCUCGGGCGGCAUCUCGAUCACAGUUAAGGAGCCGCGCCUCCGGCUUGAACUUGCACCUACCGUCGCCUCACGACAACGGCCGGGUCCGAGCAGUCAAUCGCCAUUAGACGCACCAGAGUCAUUGGCAGACUUGGCUGAAAGCCUUUUACAUGACGACGUCGAGGGCAGACAGCUUGAGCAGUCUAUUCAAGACUCAAUGUUGUCUGAGGACGACACAGCGAUACCCGGAUCAGUCGCAUCUGGACCGGAAGCGCAAGACGCUCCUCAGGCGGGUGGCUUCGUAGCUGCCAUCAUUGAGGGCCUCCUUGCUCGCCUUUCCGUCAGCAUACAGCGACCAAGUAUCGUUCUUGAACAUACCCCUGCAACUUCACAACUCGGCAAGGUGACUUUGGACCUCACAGCAGACAAUAUCGAGCUACAAAGCGAGACGAGCGAGGAGGCCGCAGGCGUGGAUGAUGCCUUACCUGUACGUAGCAAGAUGAGGAAGCUUGAAGUCUCAGGUCUAGCACUGUGGUGCACAUGCUCUCCCACAGAAACAGGCAAGAAGCCGCGUCCCCCCUCCUCAGGCUCAGGCUCAGGGUCAAGCGAAGAUGAUGACGACGAGGAUUCAGAAGGGAUGAUGCAGAUGAGCCAAGCCGUGCAGGAUCUCUCGCUGAGCACGGCCUCGGCCGUAUCGCAUUACAGUGACGCCACUGCUGGGUCGGCGAGCGUAUAUGAGAGCGCUGAACUACCAGCCGCAAGAGGGGAGGAAGCUGUUCGACAUCGAAUCCUCAGCUUUGGAGAGGAGCCUAUCAUCGUUAGGAUGACGACGCAGAGGCCUGUCUGUACUGUUCGAGGAACAGGCGCAGCAUCAAAUGCGACGGCAAGAGAGCCAAUUGUGCGCAACAUCGAUUUGUCAAUCGAAGCUGGCACACUUGCUGGCUUGGUGAGACCGCAAGACGCCUGCGGCAUACUGAGCCUCGUCAAUGAGCUGAACUGCUUAAUGGAAGGACAAGGGCAGCAUCGAGACGGAACAGCUGCGCCAAGGUCCACACAGCCAUCCACGGUUGCACUGUCGGCAAAAGUAUCCCUUAAAGCCGCGCAUCUCCUGUGUGCCUACGGCAUGGUAGAAGCAGACUCGAAUCGUCAGACCGGGCUGGAUGCCUUCUGGGCUCGCCCUAGUCGAACGCAGCCGCCGUUGGACCAUUUGCGCCUCAAUUUGUCCUCUUUACUGGUUUCAUUCACUCAGCAAGCAGGACUGGAGUCCAAGUCCAAUCUAGCAUUGAGAAUUGCCGAUACUGACCUGAUGGAUCACCACCUCUCUACCAAGUCAUCUAGUACGAUGGUCACACUACCCAUUCUCAUCUUCGAGCCCUCGCUCGGCGAGGAAGCUCCGUCAUCUCUACUCGAUUGGGUACAGCUCGCCCGCGAGUCAGCGUUCAGCACCAACAAAAGCUCCUUCCAACCGUAUACUCGCACCACCUUUGGCGAAAGGGCCUGGCGUCUCAAGCCUCGACAUCGUCGAGGAUCGAGCAAGACGGCGGAGACGACGGAGAGCGGGGCGGAGAGUCCCAAACACAGUCUGGCGGUUGAUGGAACAUUCUCUACCUCAGAGCAGCUAUCUUACUCGGUUCACUUGGGCGCCAUGCAGUUCUUCGCGGACCUCUCGAUGGUAAGCCGCAUAAUGCCCUUACUUCACUCGCUUGGGUCGGUCCAUUCAGCGAGAUCGCCGCCGCCCUCAUCGAUGGGCGGCAGCAGCUUGAUGAGUUCGAUCGAGACGUUACACGCUGAAAGGAUAGCAGACGAUGACGUGCAGGCAAAAUCGCCAGUCGCGCUGACGCUCAAUUGUGAGCUGAUCAGAACGCAUGUCCGGGUGCCGAACAAGCAUGGCCGUGAGCAAGAUGGGCACAACGACGCGACGAGUCUUCGGUCUGGUCUCCUUGCAGUGGACAUUGCGGACGUUGGCUUCGUGCAAGGGGCACCAUCUGGAGUUGCAGCUACGCCUCCACCUACUGGUUUGCGCGUGCGGUACGCAGAAGAUACGAGACCAGCUGAGCCCUCAGCAGAAGUUUCAGUUGGACACAUAGCCGUCCACUUCCAAUCCAGUGUAGCGGGCGCCACCGUGAGCACCAUCGCGAACGUCGGCCAGCUCGGACGCCAAGACGAAGAGUCGACCCCACGGCUACGGCCACGCAUUCAGCUACCGGAUGCAACAUCGAGCAUACGCAGUAUCACCCGAGCCUUUGUCCCCCUCUGCACGGCCAGCAUUAGCAAGCCCACCCUAGAUGGGCUCGCCCUCAUGGCGGACGAUGCAACGGCGUGGUCCGCCGACCUCUCGCGAAUAGGAGAGAGCUCGCAAGACGAACAAGACGGCCUGCGCAUCCUUGGUAGCCGCUUCUUUGGCUCGCGGGUUGGGCUGGCGUCUCCAUCAAUGAGCAGCGACUCGAUCAACACAGUGCAAGACGCUGGGCAGAAGAAGGGAGCUUUCGAGCUGAAUAUGACCGAGGCGGAGGUGACUUUACUCGUGCCGAGACAAAGCGCCCGUUCCGCCGGCCAGGAAGCAUCCCCUCGCCAGCUCGAUGUGAUUGGCAGAGAUAUGCGUCUCUUUUUCGAUCCCUCGCACGAGAAGGACACUGCCUCCCUCACUCUGACGCUUCUGGCCCUCUUCAUUAAGCAGCGGGACGCUUCCCUGCCUCUCCUGACUCCAACCAUGGAGCAGUCCCUCACACGCGGCGUCACGCCCGUCCUUUCGCUCAGCAUGGUUCUCUUUGCCGACUCGGCUAGCUCACGGAGGGAGAGCCGGAUCGAGCCUCUCGUCCGCGACCUGACGGUCAGUGUCACGGAGGACCUCAGCCUGUUCGCGGAUUUGGGAGCCUUCUUUCAGUCUCCGGCCGGAGCAUUUGAGAACGUGGAGCCGAAUGAGUUGACGAGGCUCAUGGUCAGGCUGAAGAAUGUUUCGCUCCAGCUUGCACCAGCCACGACGCCAGCACGCGCUGUUCUCCUGCUUGGGGACAUGCAGCUUCGUAGCCGGCUCGUGGGUGAUUCGCCGAGGAGUAGCUAUACCUUUGCCUUUGCGGAGACGAUUGUACUCGUCGUCGAUGAGGCAAACCCGUCAGUGGAGGAGAGACGCUUUCGCAUCAAGCGCCCCUUGGAUCACUGGGUGGCGCAAGGGUUUGCGAAGGUGCUGCGAGUCGAUGAUAUACAGGGCAGUGUGACGAUGAGUAGACUGACCUUGCCCGAUGUGGAUGUCAAGGUCUCCCGGGUGAGGGCUGAGCUGAGUGCUUGUGCUGAUACGGCACUCGCCUUUGAACCUUUAGCUGCGGCAUUCAGUGCUGGGCAAGCCAGCCAAGGCAUGGCCAGCGAUGCGGAAGAGGCGACUGGGGACACCUCGAUGGACAGCUUCGACGACGGCGACGAUGCAGAGCGGGGAACAGGGUCAGCCAACAUCCUCGACAGUCUGGAUGAAGAUGCCUUUCGCGGCAAGGUCCUGCCAUCGGCGGCAUCUAUUCCGGACAUGCUUGACGACGAUAUUCCGUCACAUCCAGCAUAUUAUGGUCACGAGCCACGUCAGCCCACAGUUUACGUGGAGACUCCCUUAGCAGAGGACGAGUUUUUCGGCGCCGAGUCUAUUGCCUCGAUGGUAGAGACGGAGGCUGCCUCUGAAACAGCCAGUGGUCGAGGCGGCGAGCGAUCACAGGCUCCUGUCUUAUUCUCGUCGAACAUCGUCACCAUCCGGUCCCUGGACCCUCGUGGCAUCCGCCCCACACCUGGCUACUUCAGUCGUUCCGACCUCACGCCUGCAUCGCGCAACCCAUCCGCCAACCUCGCCAGCACUCUCCGCAUCCGCGUAUCGGACUGCGACAUUACUCUCAAGCUGCAUGGCGGAUAUGACUGGUCGUCCACGCGCAUCGCAAUUGAGGAUGAGAUUAAGCGGGUCCGUCGACGAUUGCAAAAGAUCAAGCAGCUGCUCGACGAGGGACAGCAGCCUGACGACAGUAUUGAGGAGGCCACGCAGGGUCUGAUGGAGUCGAUACACAUCUCGGCGCCAUUCGAUCCGAGAGGGGCCGAGGUGGGCCAGGCCCUUGGGGCAUUGAAUGCUGAGUUGGAGGAGGAGCAAAGUGAGACGGCGAGCUCGACGAGUACGUGGCAGCCGCUGCCACGUGGACAGCAGCGAAGCGCAGCAGGGUCGGGUGCCUUCGCUGCUACUACGGCCGCGGUCGCAGCCCGCCGCAAGCGCUCCAAGCUAGAGCGGUCCCACUCUUCGCAGAUCGAUAUCGCAUUCCGCGGCUUUGCUCUGGAGUACGACGUCUUUACCUCAGGCUCGCCUCUGACUUCCAACCUCGACGCCAGUGCAGCGUCGGUGCAGAUCCUGGACAACCUCAAGACGUCGACUUGGCACGCUUUCCUGACGGAGAUGAAGAGCAACAAGCAUCUGCCCGAGGCCAGCAGGCGAGGCGCGAAGAUGCUGAGGGUCCAGGUGCUCGGGAUGCCGACAAGGAGGGGCCGAAGGCGAGGAGGGGAAGGCGGCGGUGAGCAAGCCUCAUCAAAUCCUUCGGAAGUCGAGCUUCGCGUUCGCGCCAAGCUUUCCCCUCUCCGUCUCCACGUAGACCAAGAUGCGCUCGACUUUCUCAAGAAGUUCUUCGCCUUUGAAAGGCGCGGCACAGUGCCUCCAAACUCAUCACCGCGCCGAUCUCCUUCAGGCAGUGCACUUCCCUACAUUCAAUAUGCGGAGAUCCUACCCAUCACCCUCUGCCUUGACUAUAAGCCGAAACGCGUCGACUACUCCCUGCUCCUUCGACAGGGCAAAGCCAUCGAGAUGAUGAACUUCUUCCACUUCGAUGCGGCCGAAAUGACGUUGCGCCAUAUCAAGCUGCGAGGCAUUGCUGGCUGGCCACGGCUCUUCGACACGCUCAAUGAUAUUUGGACGCCGGACGUCAAGGCUAAUCAGCUUGCCGAUGUCCUGGCGGGGAUUGCGCCACUGAGGAGUGUGGUCAAUGUCGGGGCUGGUGUGGCGGACUUGGUGCUGUUGCCGAUCGAGCAGUAUCAGAAGGAUGGUCGAUUGGGCAAGGGCCUGCAGAAGGGAGCGAAACGAUUUGCCAAGGCCACGGCGCUCGAGGCUUUUAGAUUGGGGGCGAAGCUGGCGACUGGCACGCAGGUGGUGUUGGAGAGGGCGGAGCAUGUGCUUGGAGGAAGAAUACAGGGUGUGGCGGAGAGUGGUCCGGCGACGAGGAGGGAGAAAAGGCGGGACAACAGGGGCAGCGACCGCGGAUCGAGCGACGAGGAAGACGAUGACUACGAGGAUGGUCUGGUCUCAACGAUCAUCGACCCCUCGGCGACCAACUCCUCAGCAUCCACGUCAGCUCAGCCUCUGAGCAAAUACGCCUCUCCACCCGCCUCAAUGGGCCAAGCUCUCUCUCAAGCCUACACAGGCUUGCAGCGUGGCGUCUCCUCGGCGGCGCAGACGAUCCUCGCUGUGCCAAUGGAGGUGUAUGAGAGUGGACAGCCGGGUAGCCCUGGAGGAGGAGGAGCAGGUGGCAGUGGCGGUCGCACAGUGGUCAGGGCAGUGCCUAUUGCCGUGCUGCAGGGAGCUAGAGGAGCUAGCGAGGCCGUCAGCCGGACAAUGAUGGGGCUGGCGGGGGUGCUCGAGGGUGGCCAGCCAUCGCAGGCGCGCAGCGAUUCGCAGCGCAUCAAGGAGAGUGGCGGCAUGAGCUCGCGUAUUGACGAAACUUCGCGACGAGGCGGCGAUGACCCAAGGGCGAUGGCUGGGAAGUACAAGCAACGACAAUCUUGAGAGGCGGUCGAGCGCUGCCCAAGGAGUGGAGGCGAGUUGAGACCAGACUGUAGCAUCACAUCACAUCA